AUGACCACUGUACAGCCUUUUGAGGCAACUGAUUUGUUCAAGUUAAAUAAUGUAAAUUUGGAUACUCUUACAGAAAACUUCCCACUAGAGUUUUAUUUUGAAUACCUCAUAUUAUGGCCAGAACUAUUCUUCAAGAGUGUUGAAUAUACUGCAAAUAGCAACUCAAAUCAUGAUAUCUCAGGAUAUAUGAUGGCAAAAACUGAAGGAAAAGGGCAGGAAUGGCAUUCUCAUAUCACCGCAGUUACUGUCUGUCCUGAGUUCCGUAGAAUAUCGCUAGCUUCAAUGUUGUGCAAUACAUUAGAAGCCAUCACUGAUUCUGAACCACACAAUGUUAAUUUCAUCGAUUUAUUCGUAAAAUGCAAUAACCAAUUGGCUAUAAUGCUUUAUGAAAAGCUGGGUUAUUCCGUCUAUCGACGAGUUGUUGGCUACUAUAAUUCUAAUGAAGAUGGAUACCCUGAGACGCUGAAAAAGAUUAAUGAUGGUAAGGAUGCAUUUGAUAUGAGAAAAGCCAUGGCAAGAGAUAAGGGACAAAAUAUUAGAAAAGAUGGGAGAAAGCAUAAAUGUUACCCCCAUGAAGUGAAAUUCUGA